GUCACCAGGUUGCAUUGCGGGGACAAGGCGAAUGUCGAUGCAGUUACCUUUGUACCAUGUGACAGUUUGGUUGGUUUGCGUGCGGGCUCAGGAAGAUGGAGGCGAACGCGGCUCUAAUUGUGAUAACCAUGUGGGUGUGCACGGGCGUGGUGGCGGUCUCGGUGAUGGUGUGUGUGACAGCGAAGAUGAAGGCAUCCGACCCCAACGUCCAGAUCAAUGACUUCACUCAGCUGGACACCAGUAACAUGCCGAACGUCCCCCUCGGAAACCCAGACUCGAUGGAUCUUGAUGUGAUAGGCGCGCCGCUUAGCCCCACAGAUUUCACAAACAGCGAAGCGAUAUCCCACGACCCCGUCCAGACCAGCAGCGAGUUCGACCCCAUCAUGAUGGCCGGCAUGUUCCAGGGGGACAUCGUGCUGCACACCGAAGAGGAGCUCAUACAGAUGACGAUGCCUCAUCUGGCUGGAGCGAGGAACGCCAUUAUUAGCGAGGAUCGACGUUGGCCCAAUGCUGUUAUUCCCUAUGUUAUAUCUUCUUCUUACAGCAAGAGCGAAAGAAGCACCAUAGCAGCGGCCAUGGCGGAAUUCCACAGGUCAACGUGCAUCCGCUUCGUUCCCCGAAAUUCUGAAAAGGAUUAUAUACACAUCUUGAGAGGAGACGGGUGUUACAGCUCAGUGGGUCGGACCGGCGGGGCACAGGCAGUGUCCGUGGGCUUGGGAUGUCUUCACGUGGGCAUUGUUGAGCACGAACUAAUGCACGCUACGGGCUUCUGGCACGAACACUCCCGCUUCGAUAGGGACGACCACAUCACGAUUGACUACUCCAACAUCCAGGAAGGCAUGGAGUACAACUUCGAGAAGUAUGACUGGGACACCAUUCAGAGCCUGGGCGUCGGGUAUGACUUGGGUGAGCAGGGGCUGCGGGUCAACAUCCCAUUUUAUUCUGCUUUUUUUUUAUUACCACAGAGAGACAUACAGAAACUGAGCCUCUUGUACGACUGCGACGGUUUCACGACCGGGACAGUGACUACUACAGCCCCCGUUGGUCCCCCUGCACCUGGUGGGUGCGAGGACAGUCACAAUCACUGCGGUACGUGGUCACAAAGCGGGGAAUGCGAGAAAAACCCAGAUUGGAUGUUAACAAACUGUCGAAAGGCGUGUAACAAAUGCGAUAACACGUGUAAAGAUACGAACGUGUUUUGCAAUGAAUGGAGUCAGAUGGGCGAGUGCACACGAAACGCCCCGUACAUGAGCCUUUUCUGUAAGAAGUCGUGCGGAGUGUGUGACGAGCCUGAACCAGACCCAGAACCAACGAAGCCGAAGAAAUGCAAGAACCAAAACAAGCACUGUAAGGCGUGGGCCUCCGAUGGCCAGUGUCGAGUGAAUCCUGCUUACAUGCUGGACAAUUGCAAGAAGGCGUGUAGGGCUUGUUAGUAAUACGCGAACUGGCAACCUGACGAAUCUGAGGCCGUAUUUCUCUGAUAUUUGAGACUUUUUAUGUAAGGAGAUUUUCAAGUGGGCAUUCGGUGGGAAAUAUAUAUAUACACAUAUGUGUGUGUGUGUGUGUGUGUGCGUGUGUGUGUGUGUGUGUGUGUGUGUGUGUGUGUGUGUGUGUGUGUGUGUGUGUGUGUGUGUGUGUGUGUGUGUGUGUGUGUGUGUGUGUGUUUGUUCAGAGCUGGUGACUUCAUCCAACAAGAACGAAUAUUUAUCUUA